CGAGAGGAAGAAGAGGAGGAAGAAGAGGAGAGAAGUUAUCAGUCUGUUCUCCUGCUCGGAGUGAACCAGGCCCGCGGAGACACAGGCUGUCUUCUGCUUGGACGUCUGUCCGUCUCUGUUUUUGUCUCUAAGUCGUUUCUGUAGCCGCCAUCAUUCCGUGCUGUAAGGCCGACAUGUCUUCCAACGGAGACCUCAGCGACCUGGGGAGCUCUGACAGCUUCUGGGAGCCGGGGAACUACAAGAGGACGGUGAAGAGGAUCGACGACGGCCACCGGCUGUGCAACGAGCUGGUCAGCUGCUUCCAGGAGAGAGCGAAGAUCGAGAAGAGUUACGCCCUGCAGCUGAGCGACUGGGCCAAGAGGUGGAGGGGCGUCGUGGAGAAAGGGCCUCAGUACGGCACGCUGGAGAAGGCGUGGCACGCCUUCAUGCAGGCGGCCGAUCGGCUCAGCGAGCUGCACCUGGACCUGCGGCAGCGGCUGGCGGGCGAGGACAGCGAGAAGGUGCGCGACUGGCAGAAGGACGCCUUCCACAAGCAGAUGAUCGGAGGCUUCAGGGAAACCAAGGACGCCGACGACGGCUUCCGCAAAGCCCAGAAGCCCUGGGUCCGCAAGCUGAAAGAGGUGGAGUCCAGUAAGAAGAGCUACCAUCAGGCCAGGAAGGAGGAGUGGACGGCGUCGACCAGGGAAACGCACGCCAAGGCCGACCCGACCAAGUCUCAGGAGGAAGUCCGCAAAUACACAACCCGGGUGGAGCGCUGCAACCAGGAGGCCGAGAAAGUGAAGGAGCGCUACCAGAAGGCCCUGGAGGAGCUGAACCGCUGUAACCCCCGGUACAUGGAGGACAUGGAGCAGGUGUUCGAUCUCACCCAGGAGGCCGAGCGCAGGCGGCUGCGUUUCUUUAAAGACGUCCUGCUGGACACGCACACUCACCUGGACCUGUCCUCCAGAGAGGGGUUCAAAGCUCUGCACCAGGACCUGGGUCAAACCAUCCGAGGAGCCAACGACACCGAGGACCUCAGGUGGUGGAGGAACACACACGGACCGGGCAUGAGCAUGAACUGGCCUCAGUUUGAGGAGUGGUCUCCGGAGGCGAGUCGCUCCAUCAGCAGGAAGGAGCGGGGAGGAAACUCCGAGGAGAACGUGGUCACUCUCACCAACAUCGUCUCCUCAGGCAGAGACGACGUCCCACCGAGUCCCAUCACAACGGACACCAGCAGGACGAAAGAGUAUUCAUCUGACUGGUCGGACGAGGAGAUUCCCAAGAAGGCGCCGGCGGUGAACGGCGUGGGGGGGGAGGGGGAGGAAGACGAGGAGGAGGAGGAGGAGGAGGAGGAGGAGGAGCAGGUAGAGGGGGUGCGAGUCCGAGCGCUCUAUGAUUACGUUGGCCAGGAGGCCGAUGAGCUCAGCUUUAAAGCAGGCGAGGAGCUGCUGAAGCUGAGUGAGGAGGACGAGCAGGGCUGGUGUCGAGGUCAGCUGAGCGCCGGCCGGGUCGGCCUCUACCCCGCCAACUACGUCCAGGCCGCCGCCUCCUGAUGCCCCGCCCCCUCCCGCCUAUCAGCCAAUGGUACAACUACACGCAAGAUGCCAGGACCAAUGGGAAGCUGUUAGUGCUGACACGUAGACACGCCCCCUCUGCGGUCACUGACUGUAAAACACUUACUUUCUGUUAUUUGAGCUUUUGAAGAUCGGACGGUUUCUCGACGACAUCGUUUGAAAGAAAAGUUUUUGGUCAACGAGAAAUUUCUGGAAACAAGGAACCAGAUGACGGACUUGAGAGAAACGUGGAUUUCAUCGAUACCUGAAGGGUUCUGGUUUCUCAGCCAUCGUUUAUUAACCGGUCAGAAAAAACAUAUUUAACAUAGCAAAAGAAACGGCUUCAGGAAAUCAACUUCUUCGCUUUCUUCUUUAAUCACAAUUCUUUGAGCAUCAUUCUUUCCAAAGGGACUCGAACCUGAACACCAGUUUCUCACGAGCUAAGAAUAAGUUCCACAUUAAUUCUUGUUUAUUUAAUCCGAACUAAAUCUGACGUAUAAAGAUUAAACUUGAUUUGAAAGCCAGAACCAGGCUAAAUAAAGAUGGACGACGCGUCUCCACUUCCUCUUCCUCCUGCUCUCCAGACGUGAAGCGGAAACAACCAGGAUAUUGUCACAUGACAUCAAGAUACACACAAUCGACCAAUCACGAGUCGGUCCCAGUUGUCAGUUCAUGGCGUCUCAGCCUGUUUUAUACAUCUAUGGAUCCCCGGAAGGCUCACGGCCCAAAAAUCCGUUUUGAGGAUUUCUUUUUUGUUACCUCGCGAUAGUUUGCCGUUCCCAUCAUGCAACACUGUCACUUCCUUACAGGUGCACAAGCGUCUGUGUCCCGGCUGUCGUCCUGACAACAGAUUCUAAAUGAUCACUGUACUUCAGGCUAUAUAUUUCAGUAUAUAACCACGUCUACUGAGCAGUAGUACUUACACUGAUCUGUACUGCAGGUUAGAACUGAGGGUGUCCACACCUGAGCCAGUAAGUAAGACAAAAGUUCUGAAGUAUUAUUCAGGUUUGGGUCGUGUCACAUUGUCGCAAAAGAAGUCAGAAACAUCUCUGAGAAAAAUUAAUUUGUCUACUUUGAUUUUUUUAGUUUGUCCCAUCUGCUAACAUGGAGGAGGCUUGGUUUACGACCAGCCACCAGGGGCCGAUCGAGACCUUUUGGCUUUACAUUAGGGGAGUCGCCAUGUCGUCCAUCUUUAUUUACAGUCAAUGGUUUAAUGCCAACUUUGGUAUUUUCCGCGUUAAUCGACUCAUCAAGAAAAAGUGAGACAAACUUUUUGCGAAGGUAAAAACAAACAAACAUUUUCGGUAGAUUUUCAAAUCUGUCUUUAAAGUUUCUUGGAUCCAGGAUCUACACAGAAGAACUUCCUCUUCUCCUCUUCCUCGUCUCCUCCGCUCGAACCGACAAAGAAAAGACUCAGUGCCUCAGUCGAUGAGACUAUGAAAUGUGCGGCGCCACCUGCUGUCCGACCGAGGAAUUACAGUCGUCUGCUGGUCACUUCCGGUCCGAUCCCAGUAGAAACCAGUUGAUCUCCUGUUUCCUGAUCCUUUCUCCGCUAUAACAGUUUGCUUUGGUUAUUUUAUAGAUUAAUUAUUCUGGUGUUACACUGAAUUCACUUUCUUUCCUCUCUUGUUUUUUGAUCAAUUCUUAUCGUCGUAGCUGUUUAAUCUCAAAUCAAAGGAUUUCAGCUCUGAUGGUGAUUUUUACAGUCGACUUAAUGACUUUCUAAUUUCUUCUUCCUUUUUAAUUUAGCCUCCGGGGGGGGUCCGAGGUUUUUGUUGUUUUUUCCGUGCUGGGAUCGUGAAGCACAAACUCUGACGUCUGAAACAAGUGAAAAUGUUGUUGUCUGGUUUUGCAUGUUCCUGUUUGUGGGUUUAUGUAUGUAUGUGUGUGUGUGGGAGCGCCCCCUGUCCGCUGAUCUGAGUACUGCUAAAUUAACCCAUAUAGACGUCUGAAUAACAAGAGAUAUAAUAGAGAAUUUAAUGCUGCUGCUCCUUUUGAUGCUUCUUUUUCUUUCCAGAAUCUUGUACAGUUUAUAAAGUGGGAAGCAACAAUAAAGAGCUUUCUGCACCUGG